CAUGAGGGAGAUCGUGCACAUCCAGGCGGGACAGUGCGGGAACCAGAUCGGCGCCAAGUUCUGGGAGGUGAUCAGCGAUGAACAUGGCAUCGACCCCACGGGCACCUACCACGGGGACAGCGACCUGCAGCUCGACCGCAUCAGUGUCUACUACAAUGAGGCCACAGGUGGGAAGUAUGUGCCCAGGGCCAUCCUGGUGGACUUGGAGCCUGGCACCAUGGACUCCGUACGCUCCGGACCCUUCGGGCAGAUCUUCAGGCCGGACAACUUCGUUUUCGGCCAGAGCGGCGCUGGCAACAACUGGGCCAAGGGUCACUACACAGAAGGUGCUGAGCUGGUGGACUCGGUCCUGGACGUGGUGCGGAAGGAGGCCGAGAGCUGUGACUGUCUCCAGGGCUUCCAGCUGACCCACUCCCUGGGUGGUGGCACCGGCUCGGGCAUGGGCACCCUGCUCAUCUCCAAGAUCAGGGAGGAGUACCCCGAUCGCAUCAUGAACACCUUCAGCGUGGUGCCCUCACCCAAGGUGUCGGACACGGUGGUAGAACCUUACAACGCCACCUUAUCCGUGCACCAACUGGUGGAGAACACGGACGAGACGUAUUGCAUCGACAACGAGGCCUUGUAUGACAUCUGCUUCCGCACGCUGAAGCUGACCACGCCCACCUACGGCGAUCUCAACCACCUGGUGUCGGCCACCAUGAGUGGAGUGACCACCUGCCUGCGCUUCCCCGGCCAGCUCAACGCUGACCUGCGCAAGCUGGCCGUCAACAUGGUGCCCUUCCCGCGCCUGCACUUCUUCAUGCCUGGCUUCGCGCCGCUGACGUCGCGCGGCAGCCAGCAGUACCGCGCCCUCACCGUGCCCGAGCUCACCCAGCAGGUCUUCGAUGCCAAGAACAUGAUGGCGGCCUGCGACCCGCGCCACGGCCGCUACCUCACCGGAGCUGUCUUCCGCGGCCGCAUGUCCAUGAAGGAGGUGGACGAGCAGAUGCUGAACGUGCAGAACAAGAACAGCUCCUACUUCGUGGAGUGGAUCCCCAACAACGUGAAGACGGCCGUGUGCGACAUCCCCCCGCGAGGCCUCAAGAUGGCCGUCACCUUCAUCGGCAACUCCACCGCCAUCCAGGAGCUCUUCAAGAGGAUCUCGGAGCAGUUCACGGCCAUGUUCCGCCGCAAGGCUUUCCUGCACUGGUACACGGGCGAGGGCAUGGACGAGAUGGAGUUCACCGAGGCCGAGAGCAACAUGAACGACCUGGUCAGUGAGUACCAGCAGUACCAGGACGCCACGGCUGAGGAGGAGGAGGACUUUGGGGAAGAGGCCGAAGAAGAGGCUUGAUGGGCCUGGGAGGACUUCAGAA